GGACGCACUGACGUGUGUGAACUCAAAGGAUUUUCAUCGCUGAGUCAUAAAGGGAAAUUUAUUCCGGUUUUAAUGAAGUUAUAAACAUUUUUUUGCUGAACAUGAGAGGAGAUACGACUACGGAGGAGACCGAGGUAGGAGCGGACGACAAUGGAGAAGAUGCAGCUGCACCGAACUGUGCUUCUGGGGAUAGACGACCUAGUGUCGAAAGGCUGCAACAUAUGCUAAAGAAAGUUUCCAAGAGCCCUUUCCAAAAUCAAUACAUGACUCUUGUUUCAUCAAACUCUGAAUCCAGCGGAUCAUCUGCAAAUGAUUCUGUCAACAAACAGGAUGGUGAUUUCCUAAGUGAUCUCUCAGCUGCUGUGGCGAAAAACCACAAGCUUCUUCAAGGACAGAACGGUUUGAACACAGAGAAUAAAAAUCCUCCUCAUGCUGCAGCACGGAAUGGAGUCAAUGGUGGCUUGGCAAGAAGUAACCCCUUUUAUACAUAUUAUGUGGAAUCAGGCAGCAAAGGUCAUUUAAAGGAGGAUGCAGGGAGAAAAACCUCAGAGGAAGUUAACUUUGAUGCCAUCUUUGUCCCUCCACCUGAAUUCCAAAGUUCACCUCUGGAUCCUCAAACUGGAGUUAAAACUAUGGAAAACAGAGCCGAUAUCCGAGAACCUCUAAAGGCCAUCACACCAAACCAUGUGAAACCAUCAACCAACGGCCAUCUUCACAAUGGAAACCAGAACUCACCAGACUUAUUGAACUUCUCUGACAAAUCCCCCAAUCUCUCUGAUGACCCAUUCAAAUCUCCUUCAGACAACAAGGAUGAUCCGUCUAAGUCAACUCGACCGAAGGCGGCAAACCCUUUCUACACAUCUACAGCCAAUGAAGUGGAUUUGUGUCAGGGUGUCCCAGAUAAGAGCGGGGAACUUGCCACCAAAGAGUCCAAUUUUAAAAGAUCUUCCAAGGAAAUUAUGGAUAUUUUUUCCCCUUCAUCCACAUCUGCAGUCGAUCCAUUCCCAAGCCCAAUUACCAGGAAUUUAUUCCACGACACUUCCAGUUUGGAUGACCCCUUCGGUGCUACUCCCUCAAAAGACCCUUUCCAAGAUGUUUCUAACAGUACUCCAGACAUCUUCAAACCACUUCCCCCAAAGCCUACCAGCAAGGCAGAUGGAACAAAGAUGGAUAUGGUAUCAUCUCCAGGUCUCUUCAAGGCAGCACCAUCAGAAUCCAGUCUAGACACUCAGACUACAUCUGUGGAUAGGCCACAGGACGUUUUCUUAAUGACUCCUGAGGGAACCAAACAUGACAUCCUGCAGCCGUCUCCAUUCUCUCGGGCCAGGAAUCUGUCCAUGUCACCCAGCCAGUCCCAAAUGACCCAUGUGCAAACCUUUAAACGUCCUCCAAAGCCUCUGCCUCGAACGAAGCCACAGAAGACUGAAAAGCCACCCAGGCCAGAAAAGCCACCAAGGCCGGAGAAGUCACCGAAACCAGAAAGGCCACCCAUGCCAGCGAACCUUAUCGAGCCUGAACAACCUGUUCCAAAAACAUCCCCAAAACUAUCCUUCAAAAGACUCCCUAAACCGGUUAUUCAUCGUAAACCAAAAACUCUGGAAAAUAAACCGGUGGACGCCCAGAACUACGUUGUUUUUGAGGACAUCUUGCUGAUUGGACAGGAAAAGUGUGUUGAGGACUGGCCUGAAGACAGCCCUCAGCUUGACCCUGACUUCAAACCUUCUGGAACAUUGAGACUACGACGAGAAUCAUACAAGAAAGAGGCCUCUGAAGAAGGAAGUGGCGAGGAGCAGGACGGCUCUGGCAGUCAGGUUAAGAAAAAGGACAAAAAGCACAGAAUGUCAAUACUUUCCAGAAGAGGAUCAAAGGACAAGUUUCCUGAUGACACAGCAGAGGGGAAGAGCAGGACACUGCCAAUUGCACGUAAAUCUUCAAAGGAUUAUCUUGCAGAAUGGAACUCAUCAGCUGGAGAAAAUGAAGAUGAAGAACAGAACGGGUUGGAGUACCGAAAGAAACCUCUGAAGACCAAAGUCAGUGCGCUGCUUAGAAGAGCAUCCACUCAUUCUUACACGCUAGAUGGAAAACACAUGAAUGGACAUUUACCUCAAGAAUCCAAGCAGGAUGAUGACAAGAAAGGUGUGAGCAAGAAGAACUCUAUCAUACGGCGAUGGUCAGAGGGGACGGUUUUGGAUGGCAGCACUGGUGAAGAAGAGGAGGAUGGGACUGGUCAUGGAGAGAAGAAGAAAAAGAGGAUGAAGAUCAAGUUUGUGCCACACAGAGGAUUUGCCAUCACUGUAGAAAAGACUGAUGAUCUGAAGGGAGCAAGCGGACAUGCAUCCCGUAAAAACUCAAAGGACAAAUCACAAGAUGAGGUUUUGGGAGCAUAUGGAUACACACCACGAAAGAAAUCCCAGGAAGAUGCUUUUGAGGAUGUGGAGGAGAUAAAACACCAAAGUCUUCAGUCAGCUAGCAAGGCUGAUUUUAUGGACGAUGAGCAAUUACAGAGAGCUCUUCAAAUGUCCGCUGGUAUAAAUGGAGAUGAAGACCCAUAUGGAGAUGAAGAUGUUAAACCUAAAAAAACGACCAAAAUGAAACUACUGAAUGUGGGUCGUCGAAGCUCCAAGGAGGACAUGCUGGACGACUGCUGUCUUCAGAAGAAGAAAAGCAGCCUCUCAGCAGAGGAGUUAGAUGAUGAAGAACUAAAGGGGAUGGAUAAACUGAAAAAGUUCAGACAAAAAGUUCCUAUUCCCCCCCCACGCAAAUCAAAGACAGCCAACGGACAGAUUGAAAUGACUGGUUUCAGCCCAUACGUGCUUGAACCAUCAGCUGACGAUGUCUAUGCUGAGGAUGACGUUACACAAACAGGAAAUGAAUUCCUGGGUCCUGAAGAGAUGUACGCCAGUGACCAAGAUGAAGUGGACACCUGCAAACCGAAGAAGUCAUCUAAACUGAAGCAGUUCAAGAAAUUCAAGGCUAAGGGCAAAGCCAUGCAGGGUGAAGACCCACCAGGAGCUAAAUCUGGUGACCACCUGUCAGAGGCUGCCAAGGCUGAGUGGCUGGCUGCUCAGAUGGAUGAGAGAGCUGCAGCAGGUUCAGAGGAUGAGGAUGAGGAAGGGGACACGGAUAGUUUGAUGGAGUGGUGGAACACUGUGGAACAAUGGGAUGAGGUGCCAUCAGACGAUGAGGACAAAAUCUUAAAGGAGGAUGAGUCCAAGUCAUUCAGUAUCUUGGCAGAUAAAGUUCACCGUGGCCUGCGUGUCUACAACAAGGUCUUCACGGAGCGAGCUGAGUUCCUCUGGCAGUCCAUCAUCACGCUCCACACCAUCGCAGACGAUAUCAGCACUUUCCACCACAAGGCAAAGAUAGCAGGCAUCACUGGGGGAACAACCACAGCUGUAGGAGGCGUCGCAGCCAUUGCUGGUUUGGCUCUGGCACCAGUCACUCUUGGGGCCUCUCUUGUAAUAACAGCUGUUGGUGUUGGCGUGGCAACAGCCGGGGGAAUCACUUCAGCCUCUGCUGCAAUAUCGGAUAAUGUUAACAACAUGCAUGACCGAAAAAAGGUGGAGCUAGUCCUACAGGAGUAUGAGACUCACUUGCUGGACAUUGGGAAGAUCCUCCACUUCGUCAAUCAGGGCUUGUACAAACUCCGCGGGCAUCCUUUCCUCAGGUCAGGGACCCAGCACUAUUCGAAGGACUGGGAGAUCCGCCGGGCCGUCCAGAUGAUCAGCUUAGUAGACUCGCCCAUCAUGAGAGCGACUGAGAUAAUAGAUGCAGCAAUAGCUUCGGUCCAAGGACUCUUCGGAGGCAUGGACAAGUACUUCACCAAGGACUCUCGAGAGCUGAAGAAAGGAUGCAAGAAGGAGGUGGUGGCUGAGAUAAAGGAGGUGGCCAAUGUUCUUAAUGAUGGAAUCGUGGAGCUAAAUGCAAUCAGAGAGGAGCUACAGGAUGCUACUGGAGCCUUGUGAGAAACUUUCACAUUAAAAAAAGAUAACUAGCCCCCUCUGGUGGCUUAAUAGAGGUAGUUUGUAAAGGAAUCAUGACCAUGGUAGAUAAAUAGACAUUUUAAGUGAACUUAGCAGACCAUUUUUUCCAACGUCUUUGCAAAAAAGAAAACAAACUGUAUAUUUUAAUAAGUUAAAAAAUAUCAAUAUAUGCAAAAGCACUACAAUAAUGUUAAAAUGAAAUCACUGUGAGCAUUUAAGUUUAAGCAUCCAUGUUUGGAAAAGAGUUGUUCUCAUGUUUGUACUAUAUUGUGACAUUUACUUUACUCACAGAUUAUCGUCCAUAUAAAAGGAACACAAACACAUUUAACUGAGCACUGUAGGCACUAGGGAUGGGAUUUUACAGUAGUUUUAAUACUGGAGUACCCUUAUCAUAAUGCUCAUCAGUACCUUAAAUCCCAGUCCUGCAUAAAAUAACACGAGAUGAUGGUCUGAGGAUUAUUAAAAUCAUGAAAAAACAUGAGCACCGAGCUUUGUAGUAUGAAUGAGAUUGUCCAAACUUUAGUCGUUUACUGCCGUUAACUCCACUCCACAGACAAAACACGCUGCUCUGAGGCUAACAAACUAACUAAAGCAUUUAACUUCAUGGAGAGAUCAGGCUAUGAGUUUAUAGCGGGCACUGUGACUGGUGGAUUUAAACAAUCAACAAGCCACAAAGACUUUUUUACCAGCUACUUCAUUUCAGCAAUCAGCAUUGUUGAAUAGGGUGCAAUAUGAUAACCAAGGCUUAUGAUAUUCAGACAGAUUUAUGGUAAAUGUGGAGACUAUAUUACUCGGCUGUUAAAGUUAGGAUUUUCCUGCAUUGGUCUUAAUGAUGCUCAACAGCCACAGUGUUUGAUUUGCAAAGAUUUACAAGCUAAUAAGAGCAUAAGGCUGUGCAAACCUUGGGGUCCUAUUAAGACAUAAAUACUAGGAAUCAAAACAGGGGAACUUUGACUAGAAGUAAAAUUAAUUUUGGUCACUGAAGGUAACUGAGACAUUUGACACCGUAAAUACCAAGACAGCCUGUGCAAGUGCAGGUUUUUGGCACCAGUAAUGAUCAAAAUCGAGUACCAGGCAAGGCUGAAGGUGGAGGAUGAUCUGCACUUAUGCAAUCCUGCAUCAGCUGCAGAGAUGUAAACUCAUAGUUCCCUCUAAAGAUGAGCAUAAUAAUCAGGUAGUGUUGGCAGUAAGUUCAUUACUGAAAUUAAACAACUAAUUCCUGGGAAAGAUGGAUGUAUAAAGACACAUGCAGACCAAAAUAUAAAAAAUUUAAAAAUGUUAUGAUAAAAUAUUUUGAAGAUGAGCUUUAAUUUUUUGAAAAUAUAGCUGUUUACAUUUUUAAAUGGUAUUUUUAUGGGGGUGGGGGUCCACAGAAUACAUUGUUUCUCUUAGGGGAGGCUUACUCCCCCUCACUUUGAAAACCACUACUUUCACUAAUUGAAUCUGUUAAGUUACUUUUAUUUACCUGCCUCAGUGGCCGGUGUGUUUAGCAAAUUCACCUUACACUGCUUAAAAGUACCUGAAUUUGGCUGGUUAGUCGGUGCUAACAGGCUAAUGUUUGUUUGCCUUCAGUGUCAUUUGUCCUUUGAGUGUCACCGUAGCUUUCUUAAAGCAGUUGUGGCUGUAAUCCUGCUCGCUGUGUUUUGAAGUCAGAGCUGUGGUUGGAGAAGAUAUCUCUCUGUGUUCAUUAACAACACAUGUGAUGCUAAAUCAGUCAAAAUGUCUAAGCUUAAAAGAGUGUGCAUAGUGUGCUUGAAUGAAACAUUACCUGAGUAAUGAAGGAUGAAGGCCACACCAAGCACUCUUACCCAUCCCUAGCCUGAAUUGUUCAACUGGUACAAGGUUUAUACAUGAAGGUUUAAAUAUAAGACGUAUCAAAUGUUGCUUUGUGGUGAGAAACUGCUUAAUUUACUGCUCGUUUAAGCUUGAGAUUUCCAUUUGCCUCACUAAGGAAAAAUUUUGAGUGGGAACACAUUACAAUGAACUGUAAUCCAGGAGACCAUUACAAUUAAAUCUUUUUUGACACAGUUUCAACAAAAAUGUAUAUAGAUUCACAUGUUAAGUAUUUUUGUAGGACUGUUGUAUUUAAUGGUAUGAUACAUAUUAUUAUCUCAUCUUAAUGAUGCUAAGAAGAGAUAACUAUAACAAAAGUAAUCUGCAUCAUUAUUAAGAGUAUGAACAUACAGAAGCUUAUUGCAUUCACAUGAAAAAAAUGUUUCUUCCUUGUUUUUUUUUUUUUACAAGUUUUCUCUGUUCUUUUGAGUUAUUUGUCCCAGUAGUUAUUCACUCAAAAAUUGCAGCAGAAGCUGUCAUGCAGCACAUUAAAGGAAGAAGCGACCACAUGCAUGUGAGAGCUUCAGUGGCAGCUGAGAAUUUUGUGUUAUGUAAACUUCGGAAAAAAAAAAAGAAAAACUGAAAAAAAGAGGAAAAUAUGAAAAAAAAACUCCAACAGAGAAAACAACACAGAAAAACAGUAGCUGUUUUCUACAAAGGCUCAUCUUGUAAGAAAGUAAUGCCACUCAGAAAAACAGCUAAAUGUUUAUUUUUCAUGUAAAUGCAAUAUGAGUCUGCAUUAACAUGAAACAAAGCCUGUAAGUAGAAACUUUGUGCUGAGGCCUUACACAUUUAUCCUGAGUGUUUCUUUCUCUAAACCAAAGAUCAGGAUGGAGGGUAUUAGUAAAACAGCAAUGAUUUAAAAUAAAUAAAUUAAUCUGAGUAAGGACAUUUUCCUUAAUGUUUAACCGUAGGUUGUACUGUACUUUUACUUGCCUACGCUAAUUGUGUCUCAUCUUUUGUUUAUGUAUUUCUUGGUUUAUCUUGGGAAUUUAAAGCCACAGGGAUACUGUACAAAAUUGUCAGUUGCUAAAACAGCCUAUAAAAUUUGUACACAUUUACUGUGUUGCCUCUUAGUUAUAUAAAGAUAAAUGUUUGGCCUUAUCGUGUGGCAUCCAUUUUUGUUUCUAUGCCUGCAUAGGACCCAUUGUGGUAUGCCAACCUGAAUAAUUUAACCUGAAUGUGCCCCUGUGAUAUUCUGUGUAGCUAUCACAGAGCUGAAGAUGUUUAUGUCAUAUAUUGUAAAUAAAGAUAAAUAACCAUCUCUAGUUGUAUGACUGUAUAAAGUUUAAUGAGGUCCUUAGUGUGAAUGUUGCUUUUCCGGUGAUGUUAGUAAUUCACACUG